UCCAUCAUUUGAAUUUGAAUCGGCAGAAAAUAUAUUACGAGAGAAACAUGAUAAUGUUCAAGCUGUGGGCACUCCUUCUUGCCUAUGCAUUGCUCAUUUGUCAGACGUACGUCUCAGAGGCAGCUCCAACUAGAAGCAGUAAGGAAUCCAUGUCAGAUGGAGGCACAUUAUCAAAUGAUGAUGCUCAAAGGUUGCUCAGAGCUAUGAAAGAGUUCAUGCAGAUAACCUCAGAGGAGCAAGCCCAGCAAACAGCUGACGGGAACAGCAAUGCAACAGCACAAAAGCGGGCAUGCAACACAGCCACCUGUGUAACCCACCGCCUAGCAGACUAUUUGAGUCGGUCAGGGGGACUGGGAUACAGCAACUUUGUUCCCACCAACGUUGGUGCCCAGGCAUUUGGCAGACGGAAGCGGCAAAGCCCUGUGUAAGGCCACUGCCAGAUACAUGGACAAAGUCCCUCUUUCCUUGAAUGACAUCAACUGCAACAUCAUCCAUCCACUUAAGCACUUUGGAAUGAGUGCCACUUAUUAAAAUAUCCUUCAUAAACACUGACUGAUGUCUUGUUUUCAAACUAGCAUACAGUUCCUUAGCAUUCAUUGUUAGUCUGUGCUUAAAACCAGAGAAAUAAACAGAAUCACAGAAAGGUAAAGGCUGUCUCGGCCCGAGGCAGAAAGAAAUCCACU